AGUUGUGGCCAUAGCGUGGCGGGGCGGGGUGGGGCGGGGCGAUGGAGGUGACCGAGCACGUUCAAGAAGACGCCCUCAACAAACGCUCUCCCGCUCCGUCCUCCCUCGGCGCUCCCCGGCACCCUCCCGAUCACCGAUUCGGCCUUGUCUUCUCUCCCGCUACCACCGCUCGCACGUUCUCUCUCCCUCCCUAUCUCGUCCUCAGCUGACUGUUCUCGUCAUGGCCGAGCCUCUCAAGGACCAAGCGGAGCAAAAGCUCGACGACCUCGCCGACCACAAUGUCGACUCCACCGACUCCGACCUUCGGUACAUGGCCUACGGUGCGCGGCUGAGGACCGCCCUCCGUGCCGGGUCCAGAUACAUCGCCUACACUAGUGACGUUGGCGAAGCCUUCCGCCCUGUCGUCCACCCGGCCGUGGUGACCGCAGCCUACGGAGUCUCAUGGCUCUAUCUCACCGGAGACGUCGGAUACGAGACGUACAAGGCACACCGACAAGGACCUAGCGCUCUUGAGGCCGCAACUUUCUCGGAGCCAACCCGUUUGUCGAUGGUCGCCGUCAAACGCGCGGUCUUCCAGUCGGUCGCUUCGAUGGCCCUCCCCGCCUUCACCAUCCACACGGCUGUCAAGCAAGCUAAGAAGGCGUUCGUAAACGUACAGAAUCCUCGUUUGAAGACGUGGGGCCCCACUGUGACCGGCCUGGCAAUAGUCCCUGUGCUGCCGUACCUCUUCGACAAGCCCGUGGAACAUGUCACCGACAUUGCGUUCGAAUGGAUCGAGAAACAGAUCGCUCGCUCACAAAGCGAGGGCAAGGGCAAGUCAGAACUGUGAACCUACAUUCUCGCGUAGACGUAUGGUAUAAAGUAUAGUUGUCCCAAUACAAUUCAAGUUCUCCGCUCUCAUGCGUACAUGGUAGACGAUCUCAAAUACAAAGUUUGUUGCUGCGGAAGGUCUAGUAUUACACGAUUGUACAGACGCUUCAUGACUACGUAACGAACACCGACCACUAGUGUACCUAAGCUAUUCGAAGCAGGGAAUAAGAAAAG